UCUGCGCGCUCUGGGUCUCGCCUUGGAGAAACUACGGCGGAGCGCUGGAUCACCAGAACUUCGCCGAAUCUGCUUAGAGGUACCGGGGAUUGGUGCCGGAUUAUUUCGGCGUUUGUGGGGUUUUUUUUUUGGGUGUCUGGGGUUGUGUGUGUUUAAUUUUUUUUAUAUAGUUUUUUGGAAGUUUAAUCAUGGAGACUCUCAGACGUCUCCUUGCGCUGCUGUGCGUCGCCCUGGUUGCGGCGCAAACGCGGGUCCAAAGAUCCAGGUUUGCAGAAUGUCCUGUUGACCUUUUCUUCGUACUGGAUACAUCUGAGAGUGUCGCCCUCAGACAGAAACCUCCCAGCUUUUAUAUUGACCAGCUCAAAGACUUCACCAAGCUUUUUCUAGAUCAGCUGAGAGACAGCCGUCAUGAGUGCGACCGUUACCUGACGUGGAACUCAGGAGCGCUGCAUUACAGUGACGAAGUUAUCUUGGUGAGGGAGCUGCAAGAAAUGAACACUCAAAAGAAUGCACUGAAGAGUAGCAUCGAUGGCAUUACAUACAUCGGAAAAGGCACUUACACCGACUGUGCUAUUAAAAGGGGCAUCGCUGAGCUGCUCAUAGGGGGCUCACACUACCAUGAGAACAAGUACAUAGUGGUGGUGACCGAUGGACAUCCUCUGACCGGUUACAAGGAGCCAUGUGGAGGCGUGCAGGAGGCCGCAAACGAAGCCAGGCAGCACGGAGUCAAAGUGUUCGCUGUCGCCAUCUCACCUGACCAGGAGGACACCAGGCUGUCAGUCAUUGCCACCGACCACCACUACAGACAGAACUUCACAGCUGCAGACGACUCCAGAUCCUCCAACAUGGGAACCAUCACAACUAUCAUCGAUAUAAUCAAAAACGAGACAAAGGAUGUGUGCUGCUCAUUUGACUGCACUGCGCCGGGCGGUCCCAAAGGGCCAGAUGGAGACAUUGGCUCAAAGGGAGAAGAAGGUAGACCAGGAUUGCCAGGAGAGAAGGGAGAUGUUGGUGACAUGGGCAGCAUUGGAGAUCCUGGUCCUGUCGGUUACAGUGGAAUGAAGGGAGUCCGUGGUAACAAAGGAGAAAAGGGUGACAGAGGACUCAAAGGAUACAAGGGAGACAAAGGUCAAAGCGGAAGGGAUGGAAUCGAUGGACGCAAGGGUGAACCUGGUUUCCCUGGUCUUCCCGGCUGUAAAGGUGCUCCUGGAUCAGACGGUCUGCAGGGAGACGCGGGACCAAAGGGAGACCCUGGUCCUUAUGGACGAAAAGGAGACAAGGGUGAUCCUGGAAGAGACGGCUACCCAGGAAGACCUGGAAACUAUGGCCGUCUGGGACCUCAGGGUGACCCAGGCCCACCCGGAGCCAACGGGGACAAAGGAGAGCGUGGUGAUGAUGGAGCACCGGGACCAGACGGACCUCGAGGAGAGAGAGGACAAAAUGGAGAGAGGGGGGAGCAAGGAUCUCGGGGAAACAGAGGUCCUAGAGGAGACCCGGGGGAGCCUGGACCCCGUGGAGAGCAGGGGAGGGAGGGCUCAACCGGCCCCAACGGAGACCCUGGUGAGCCUGGCAAGCAGGGACCCCCUGGAUACAGAGGAGAUGAAGGUCCACUAGGACCAGAGGGAUCCAAAGGGCCGAGAGGAAUCAAAGGAGCUCCAGGAGACAGAGGCCCGAUAGGGGAGAGGGGAGAGGAUGGUGUCCGAGGAAAUGGAACUGUAGGUUGCCAUGGUUUCCAGGGUUAUCCUGGACCGCGCGGAGACCCCGGUGAGCCGGGUGGAAAGGGAACCCCUGGACCCAAAGGAGACGAUGGAGAGCCUGGAGAUCCCGGCGCUGAUAACGAUGAACCAGGGCCUCCAGGGCCUAAAGGGGCCAAAGGUCACAGAGGACCUGAGGGCAGACCGGGACCUCCUGGGCCUCCUGGACCAUCAGGAACUGAUGAAUGUGAAAUUCUGGAUAUCAUCAUGAAGCUCUGCUCCUGUUGUGAGUGUAAAUGUGCACCUAUGGACCUGGCCUUCGUUGUGGACAGCUCAGAGAGUAUUGGCUCCACCAACUUCGCUCUUGCCAAAGACUUUAUCAUCACUGUCAUUGACAGACUGGUGAGAGAUCAGCAAGUCAAGUUUGCAGGUAAUGAGUCCACGUUGUUUGUAGUCCAGUAUAGUGGAGGUGGAGCAGAAGCCAAAGAAGCCAUCCAACUGGGCGUCGACGCCAAAAACCUCACAGAGUUUAAACAGAUGGUGAAAAACAUGCGCUGGAUGGCUGAGGCAACGUAUACAGGAGAGGCCCUCGACUUCACUCUGAAAAAUACAAUCCGGUUGAUGAGGAAGGAGAAUAAAAUCGUUAUUGUUCUUACCGACGGACGCUCUGAUACUGACAGGGACACGACUCCCCUUAAUGUACUCUGCGGUGCAGAUGUCCGGGUGGGAGGUGUAGGCGUGAAAGAUUACUCAGGCCGUGUGCCGAACCUGGAGCAGCUGGAGGAUGUGGCUUGUCAGAGCAACGUCAGGAAACCCGGAUUUACCUUUGUUCGGGAGAACUUUGCUGAUCUGCUGGACGACGCUUUCCUGCAGAACCUGACAAACCAAAUCUGUCAAGAUAAGAAGUGUCCAGACUACAAAUGUCCCAUCACUUUCUCUCAAAGUAACGACAUCCUGGUGAUGAUGGACAGCUCUGCCAGCGUGGGCCUGAAGAACUUCGACACCACCAAGACCUUCGUCCACCGGUUGGCAGAACGUUUCCUGACUGCUGAGAAGCAGAGGGGCGCUGUUGUCCGGGUGGCGGUGGGCCAGUACAGCCGUUCUGCCAGCAUGGACCAAGGCCUCACCACCAAUCUGACCCUGCUGUCUCGUCAGAUCGGACAGGCGGCCUUCCAAAACGACGGCACCAAUGUGAUACAGGCCAUGGAGUUCGCCAUUAGCCGCUUACCAGGCCGUGGAGAUGCAUCUGGAAGCAAGAGGAAGGUGGUGCUGUUCUCCGACGGCCGGUCUCAGGACGUCACUGAGGCUUUGCUGGAGGACCAAGUUCGUAAGGUAGCAGAUGCCGGUUUGGAGCUGUUUGUCGUAGCUGUCGGCAGCCAAGUUAAUGAAGCCAACCUGCGUAUACUUGUGAGUAGGGGGCGGCGAGAUGACAUCUCCUACGCACAGCGCCACCUAUUCCGUGUCGCAGACUACACCUCUCUGCUCCGUGGGGUCUUCCACCAAACCGUGUCCCGCAGGGUGGCUAUGACCUGAAUUCAGGGCCCAGAACAACAGGACCAACACGCUUCAUAUUUUUAGUCCCAUUAUAAAUAAUCAGUCUCACUCAUUUACCAAACACUGUGUUCAAGUACUUUAAAAAAAAACAAAGUCAUAAACGACAAAUGAUUGUGUGGCAGGCAGAUGAUUGGUACCUUUUACCCUGAAUUAUGCCUCCCAGGCAGACCAGAAUGUGUACAGAUUCCCUGUUACAGAUUAAUAGACAAUAACCCUCAUUAUGGUGCUUAAGUAAAUCCGUUUCAGGCCCUGUACACACAAACAUAGAUAUUUUACAAUACAACUAUUUUCCUCUAGGUUGUGGCAUCUCAGAUCACUAAAACAGAUUUUUCUCUCAAAAAAAGACUUUUAAACUCUCCAUUUUAUAUGUAUCCAUGUAGAUGUAAAGCAAAGAUUUUAGGAUACAAUAACAGAGAUAACAGAGGCAAAGUGAGGAGACUCUAGUGCUUUUUUUUGAGUCCAACAUGGUGGAGGCGUAGAUCUGUUGCUGCCGAUGCUGCCAUGAAGCAAAUAAUCGACUCUUGGUCUUUAUCAGUUUAAGAUCUUUGACAGCAUUAAAAAGGCAACGAGAUUAAUAUAGGGAUGCUUUCAGUUUCUUUAUAAUCAGUUGGUGCCACCUGUUAGGAAUUUGGCAUUGUUUAAUUUCAUGUGACACAGAAUGACUCCACCUUUGCUAGAAACAAGCAUAUGAAGUAGUUUUUCCAUUUUCUUCUUGUAUGUAUGCAGAUAUAUCCAUGUUUAUAAAUAUUAGUGUGGACUCAGCCACAGAGGUUCUUUUGACAGUAUAAUGAAGUACAUUGCUGCCUGUGAGGCCAUGUUCAGGGUAAAAAGUCCCGGUAUUAAUCGCUUUGGUCCUGGAGAGCUUCAAUUUUUUUCACAUUUAAGGUCAUUUUUAGCUUUAAAACUUCUUCGGGCUGAUUUUCUCUCAGGUAUGGGGCAUUCCUUUGUGACUAUCAAGUAAUCUGGAUCCACGUAGUGAGUUUCUUUAACUGAAUGUGUGGGUUAAAAAUGGCUCAUUAAAGGCUUCAGUCUUAUGUGACUCCAGGACCAGAGCUCCCAUCCUUUGAAGAAUUGCAUUAAGGGUCUAAGGGGAUUUAUUUUUGUAGCUCUUAUGACUUUUUCAACUGGUGUCAGAUUCACAGUGUAGGUUCUUCCAUACGCUUUGAAUAAAAAGAGUCCUUGUGAAUUCAUAACACUCAGAUUCUUUAGCGAAUGUUGUAGGUAAAUUGUCAAAGGCUGAUUCCUCUUUGGUUAAUAACAACAUGCUUUGAAAAAUAUCCAAGCUGACACCACUUGAAAGCUCUAUUAGAUCACCAAACCUACGGCUGAAAACAGGACGUGACCCAUCAUCUCUUCACCUGGUACUAAUGAAGACAGAACAGCUGGAAUCAACAUGCACAAAUCAGAAUGUGUGUAUCUGCAUGGGAACCCCUGUGUGUACAUGUGUGCGGUUUGUAUGUAUAACAUUUACAUGUGUAUGGAGGUAAAUUUUUUUACGUGUAGCCUUGGGCGUUCCUUCCAUAAACAGUCCUGCCCAGGUCAGAGCUUUAAAUGACAGACUGACGGAAACCUGUUCUUCAUUGUAUGCGCACUAAAGAACGCCUCUGUCAAACACACACACAUACACACACAAACACCUUCGUACUUCAUCAGUGACGUAGGAAAACAUCUGUCGCAAAAGCUGGAAAAGAAACCUAACGGGACUCUCGCCAUGUGCCCUUCACACAGAAACCACAUGCCGUUUAGACCCCUUUAACUCGUCGUUCCACAUCUUCAUUUUUGUUGUUGUCAGUGAUCCAGAAUCACUGUACUGUUGUUAUUAUCUGUGGUGCUAUUAGUCCAAGUGUAUCAGCCUCUACAUGUGUUGCUAAAGAAGAUAUUUUUACCUGAGGAAACACACUUCAAUUGUAAGAGCCCCUUCAAUAAAGGUUGCUACACCAAAA